GAAGUGGACCGAAGACGUCAAAAACAAGACGAAAUAUGAAAGGGAUUUUAUACGACAGAAGGAGGCCAGGGUCCCCGAGGACUGUAGCGCCAACUGAAGAAGAAGAAAAAGAAAAUGUUACAUGCCAGUUGCAAUGACAAGUUGAAAGUUGACAUUGGCUAAUUCUGAGCGACGAUUAACGAUCACAAGAUUGUUGGUGAAUGGCUAGGAUCACAAAAUGUGCAGGACUGGGAAUCUUUACAUCCCCAAAAGUGAACGGGUCGGUUUAUUAUAUCAGGGAGCACGUAUAGAUAGCUCCUACAAAACUCUGGCCUCCUAACCUGCAAGAAAAUAGAACAUAGUCUUUGACUGACUUCAGUAAGGAUAUGGAACUUGUGUUCUGUGGUUACAGCGACUAAUGUUUACCAUCUGCGUUCAUAGUAUGCCAUGUAUUUGAAUCCAGGUGCGUGGGUAGCGAUUAAGAGGGGAGUGUUGUUAUAAGGCAUUCAAGAUAUAUUAUUUUGAAACGUGCUUGAAUUUUGUAAUAACCGUACCGGCAUCGCCUGAAUAAUAUGAGUUUCCGAGAUCAGUUCAAGGGUGAUGGUCCCAAUAUGACUGAUCCGUCUACAGCAAAUUCGAGAGUAUUUGUAGGCAACAUACCAACUAUGGAAAUGACUAAGAAAGAUCUUGAAGAAAUAUUUAAGAAACACGGCGCAAUAUUAGGAAUUGCGCUAAACCGAGGGUUUGGAUUUGUUCAGUAUGAACAGGAGAGCAGUGCAGUUGAAGCCAUCAAACAAGAAAAUGGGGCUGUAUUUCGAGGAAAGAAGAUGGAGGUAAACCAGGCCCGAGUUUUUGGCGGAGGCCGUCGAGGUGUGGAUGGUCCUGGUUGCACUCGGAGGGGUGACUCAAUGGAUAAAGGAGACAGUUACAGGGAACGGUCUCCUUUGGAUGACAGGGGACGUGAUCGUGACAGGUAUGAAGGUUUCUCUGGAAAGGGUGGUGAUCGUGACCGUGACCGUGAUCGUGACCGCGACCGUGGAUUCUAUGGUCGGGAUGGAGGGUUUAAGAAAGAUGGGCCAUUUUCAGGAGACAAUUUCAGAGGAGGCAUUUCAGGCAGAGAUGAUCGAGGAGGGUUUGGCAGCGCCCCAUAUAGACCUGGCAUAGAACCAAGAGGGAAAGAUUAUUCAGCACCUGCUAAUGUUGGACAGGUGGACAGGACAAAUGACUGUGAGAUUAUUGUUGUCAACAAAAAUCAAAGUUUGCUGUGUUGCAGGGAAUAUGCCGAAUAUAUUGAGCAUCGCCUCAAACAGUUGGGCCUAACAGUGGACCUCCUCUUUCCAAAUGAGGAGGUUCCAAUUGGCCGUGUGCUGGCCAACAUAGCCAAUCGAGGCAGUUUGUAUGCCAUUGUGGUAAUGCCUCAGAAUGAAGAACACCGCAGUCUCACAUUGAACAUUUUACAUGGACUACCACAAGAACAUAGAAACAUGCCAUUGGAGGAUGCAGUACCACUCAUCGUUCGCAACUUUGAAGCAUACAUGCGUGGAGAGAAGCUGCCACCCCCAAUACCAACCCCAAUCUCUGUGGUAUCAAGAAGUGUCCCACUGUCGGAACGUCACCCUGAAGCCAUCCAGGCUGUGCAAUUAUGAAACCUCUAUACAGCAAUGCACAACUGGUGUUCCACGGCACACCAGUGUGCUGCAGAGGCCAUCUAGGUGUGCCAUGAAAUUUUCCCCUCAUAAUUAUAACCAUAUUGAGAUAAAUAAUUGUUAAUAUCGUUUUCUGCUCUGUCUCAGUUUUCAUUUUCUUUAUUAUGAUCGGGUAGACUGAGGACAGAGAAGAUCUACUAAAUGGAAUUGGAAAGUAAUACAACCACUUUGCAGCAAAACAUGUGUUCCUCCCCUUUACUUUUAUUGCCACUCUAUGUAUUUUGCUGCAAUCUACGUGGUGUACAAAUAUAAAUAAAUAUAUUUAAGUUUAAAUGUUUACACAUAGUUAAUAAAUAUUGGAUCAAAUGGUAGGAAAUAUUAUAUUUUAAUUUAUUUCAAAUAAUAAAGAUGGAUAAUUAUAAACAUGAUAUAGAA